GAAGCUGUGCUUGAACUAGAAACAUAACCUAAAUUUUUUUAAAAAUUAUAAAUGAACAAACUAUAACAAACUUAUUAAAAACUCUGUUAAAAAUAAAAAAUGAAACAAAGUAUUCCAAGUUUAGAUUUACCCAAAUCAAAAAUGUUAAAACUACGCAACAUGGGAUAUACUAAUGUCAACGAAUUGAAUUCUACUUUAUUAAAUUCGUUAGAAAUAGAAUUGAAGAAGCCUCCUGUAACAAAAACAUCAUUAGAAUUAUUGGAGGAAGAAAUUUUAAACGGAUGCAUUUUAACUUUUAAUACAGAUUUAGAUCAGAUAUUAAAAGACGAAAUAAUGCCCAGAAAAAUAGUAGAAUUAGCCGGUGUACCUGGAUCUGGAAAAACACAAAUAUCAUUUCAGUUAUGCAUAACAGUACAGUUACCUAAAGCUUUAGGUGGUUUGGAAGGAGAGGCAAUAUACAUAAGUACAAAUAAUAAUAUGGCACCACAUCGUAUUGAAGAAAUGAGUGAAAAGUUUAUUAAACAAGUUAAAGAUGUUGUGCCAGGCUUAAAAUUAUCAGCUGACUAUAUUUUGAAACAUAUUUAUGUUAUUUUCUGUAACAAUUUUACAGAAUUAAAGGCUUGCAUAAAAUAUUUUGCCAAUUUUUUGUUAGAUAAAAAGGUAAAACUGAUAGUGAUAGACAGUAUAGCUACACCUUUAAGAGAGUUAAAUCAAGAAGAUAGGACAAAUUCAUUACAAUCAUUGUUGUCAGACCUGCAGUCUUUAUCUAAUUUGUUUAAUUUUGCUAUAAUAAUUACAAACGACUUUACAACUCGUAUUAAAGGUGGACAAUCUUAUUAUACCCCGUCAUUUGGUGACAGUUUAUUUCAUAGGGUGAAUACAAGAAUAUGUCUUUCAAAAGAGAACAGUGUUCAUUAUGCAGAACUUGUAAAAAGUAUAAUGAAACCCCCAACAAAAGUAUCCUUUUCUGUAUUUUAAAAAAAAAUAAUAAAAAUGGCAUUUAA